AUGUUGGCCUGGCUUAUAAUUCCCCUCUAUGAAGCGACUGACGCCUUGCUCGACCAGUGCGGCUCAUUCAACUCUGUGCAAAAGCUCCGAUUGUCGAUGAUCAGAUACCACGCCCGACAUGACUCAAAUGAAGUCAAAAGGAAGAGAUAUGAGAGUUCCCCAGAACUCUGGAGCAUCGCAGUCUUUAAGCUCAUCGAAUACGAUUUGCACCUUCGAGAAUUGACACAGAGAGAAGAAGUCAUUCGACACCAGCAUCGGGCACUCAAACUCUUAGGCUCUCAGAGCUCGUGGGAAGAGUAUAUGAAGUACUCGAAGAUGCUGGAUAAGAUUGCCAAGGAAUACAGGGAGGGAGAACGAAACUACUACUAUCUAGAAGCUUCUCUCCUAAAUGGACCUGUGACGCGAGCAUAUUCCAAAAAUCGCGAGAACCCGAGAUGGUAUCUUCACAAAGAACUUCGAAACGAUUGUGCCGGAAAGGGGGGAUGCUGUGGUCGGGAUUGUGGAUGCUGCCAGAAUCGCCCUAUCAUCCCGGGAAGGGUAAAAGGGGUUGGUCAUUGCACAUUGGAGUGCGGGUGUUGCAAUCGAAAUCGUGGCUUUGAAUUGACUUCGGUAGAAAAGAAACGGAUCGUGAAGAUAGGACUGGAUACAUUGAAUGAUGACAGGAACCGGACUUACCGACGUCGGCUCCUUGAGGUGUUUCUAAGUGGCGUUGAGUCCACAAAGAAAGCAGCUCCCAAUUGGCGAGGAUGA